AUGGAAGAUUCUGAAGAAGAGGAAAAUCAACCUCCGAAACGUAGAGAGAAAAAUUGGAGAGUACCGAAUAUGAAGCCUUGGUUAGCAGAAUCUGAUGAUGAGAACCAAGCUCCCACCAAUGAGGAGCCAAAUGAAGAGAAUGGAGAAAACAGUCCUAAAGGAAGAAGAGGGAGAAAAGCGAGGAAAGGAGGGGCAGCUAACCUCAAAGCAAGGGAAAAUGCAAAGAAGAAGGACAAAAAGAAAAUCGAUGCUGAUGGGUCUGAUGAAGAUGAAGAUGCAAUAACAGAAGAGGAACUGGAUAAGCUAAAAGAAGCUGUGGAAGAAAAAAAGAAAUUGAUUGCUACUAUAAGAAACAAACCUUGGAAGAUGAAGCAAAAGCUAGAAGUCCUAAAAGAAGCUCAGGAAUUCGUGGAAAAAUUUGAGGGAGCACUUGGAAAAGGAAAGGGGAAAAAGUUUUAUGCUUAUAAAGUCAUGAUGCUUAAAAAAUGGAUGAAGUUUCAAAGAGAUUUUGAAAAUUUCAAAAUGGCCUGCAUACCAUGGGAAAUGAAAAUCAAGGAAAUUGAAAGUCACUUUGGCUCUUCAGUUGCAUCUUAUUUCAUUUUUCUUCGCUGGAUGUAUGGAAUUAACAUGAUACUCUUUGGACUGACAUUUGGUCUUGUCAUGGUGCCUGAGGCAUUGAUGGGGAAACCAUAUGGUUCAAUUCCAAGAAAAACAGUUCCCAGAGCAGAACAGUCCUCUGCUAUGAAUUUUGCUACCCUGUAUGAUUUUAGCGGAUUUGCUCAGUAUUCUGUCCUCUUUUAUGGUUAUUACAAUAGUCAAAGGACCAUUGGAUGGCUGCAGUUUAGGUUACCUCUUUCUUACUUAUUAGUUGGAAUUGGCACCAUUGCAUACAGCUUCAUGGUUGUCAUUAGAACAAUGGCCAAGAAUGCUAAUGACGAUGGUGGAGGAGAUGACAACAGCUUUAAUUUUAGUUGGAAAAUGUAUACGAGCUGGGAUUUUCUCAUUGGAAACCCUGAAACAGCGGACAAUAAAUUUGCAUCUAUUACAACAAGUUUUAAAGAAUCAAUUCUAGAAGAACAAGAAAACAGGAAAGAGGAAAACAUUCAUUUGGUCCGAUUUCUCCGGGUGCUUGCAAACUUCCUAGUUCUGUGUACACUGGCUGGAAGUGGUUAUCUAAUUUAUUUUGUUGUGCGUAGAUCCCAGCAAUUUGCUUUAGAAGGUCUGGAAAAGUAUGGUUGGUGGGAACGUAAUGAAGUGAACACUGUGAUGUCUCUGUUAGGAAUGUUUUGUCCAACAAUGUUCGAUGUUGUCAGUGGAUUGGAAAACUACCACCCUCGUAUAGCUCUAAGAUGGCAACUCGGCCGCAUAUUUGCCCUAUUUCUGGGAAACCUCUACACAUUCCUCAUUGCUCUUAUGGAUGAAAUCAACCUUAAACGCCAAGAAGAAAAAAUUGUGCAACAUAAUAUGACAAUGUGGUAUGCCAAUCUUUUCAAUGGAUCCUCUUCAGAAAAUUCAACUGGUGUUCCUUUUCAAGUUGACCCAUCAGAUGUUCCCAGAGGACCAUGCUGGGAGACAAUGGUGGGCCAGGAAUUUGUACGACUAACUGUAAAUGAUAUCAUGACGACAUAUGUCACUAUAUUAACUGGUGACUUCCUACAAGCGGUUUUUGUACGUUUUUUUAAUUAUUGUUGGUGCUGGGAUCUGGAGUAUGGAUGGCCUUCAUAUUGUGAAUUUGAUAUCAGUGGUAAUGUGUUGGGAUUGAUUUUCAACCAAGGAAUGAUAUGGAUGGGAUCAUUUUAUGCGCCAUGCCUUCCCGCCAUUAAUGUUCUUCGUCUUCAUUCGUCCAUGUACUUACAGUGCUGGGCAGUGAUGUGCUGCAAUGUUCCCCAUGCGAGAGUGUUUAAAGCUUCCAGAUCCAACAAUUUCUACAUGGCCAUGUUGCUUUUUAUACUGUUCUUGGCUAUGUUGCCAGUCAUCUAUACCAUUGUUUCUAUUCCACCAUCUUUUGAUUGUGGGCCAUUUAGUGGAAAGCAGCGGAUGUUUGAAGUUAUACAGGAGACUUUACAGCACGACUUCCCUGCAUGGAUUGCAAAAGUGUUUGGCUACGCUUCUAACCCUGGACUAAUUCUACCAUUCAUUUUGCUAAUGGUCAUGAGUAUAUAUUACCUUAAUGCUACAUCAAAAGGAUAUCAAGCAUCGAUUACGGAACUGAAGAAAAAACUGCAAAAUCAAUCUGAGGAAAAUAAGAAGAGGAAUAAAAAGGCAGAUGAGAAAACAGCAGAAGCCCAAGGGGAUCCCUCUAAUCCAAAUGACAAUUCUGCGGGAGGAGAACCCAAUAAGAAUAAUAGUUCGGCAGGAGGAGCUAAAGGGAAGAAUCUUGAAGUUCCUCCUCGGAUUGCUGUAACUAGACCACCUACAGCUAGAGGACCACCAGUGCCUUCAUGA